CCAAGAUGGCAGCGCCCGUGGAAAAAACGCCGCCGGGUGUUGAACAAAAAUGUUGUUCCUGUUCGGAAGUGAAGUUCAGACGGAGAAUUCUGGUCACAGGAGGAGCCGGCUUUAUAGCAUCACACGUUGUUGCAAUGCUGGUGGAAAGACAUCAGGACUACUUUGUUGUCAAUCUUGAUAAGUUGGAUUAUUGUGCCAGUCUCAAGAACCUGGAGAGUGUUGAAAACAGGCCAAACUACAAGUUUAUACAGGGAGACAUCUGUGACCAGGAUUUUAUCAGGUAUAUCUUCCAGAAUGAGAGAAUUGACACAGUGUUGCAUUUUGCUGCUCAGUCUCAUGUUGAUACGUCGUUCACAAGUUCUUUAGAGUUCACACGUGUGAACGUGUACGGGACCCACGUGCUGGUCAACACGGCGUACGAGAGCGGUGUGAAGAGGUUUGUUCAUGUCAGCACGGAUGAGGUCUACGGAGGAAAAAGCACAAGUGUGCUUCUUGAAUCCUCUCCCAGAAACCCCACAAACCCUUAUGCAGCCUCCAAGGCAGCUGCAGAGUGUAUUGUCAUGUCCUACUGGGAAGGGUUCAAGUUCCCGGUAAUCAUAACAAGAGGUAACAACACGUAUGGUCCACAUCAAUUUCCAGAAAAGGUCAUUCCAAAGUUUGUGUCUUUGCUACAAAGAGACAGAAAAUGCUGUGUCUAUGGAAACAGCCAGCCAUUAAGGAACUACCUUUACGUGACGGAUGCAGCAGAGGCAUUUCUGACGAUUCUGGAGAAAGGGCAGGAUGGAGAAAUCUACAACAUCGGCACCGACUUCGCAAUCUCCAACCUGGAGCUGGCCAGGCUUCUUAUCAGAAAGUUGAAACAUGUGACCACAGAAGAGGAGGUGCAGCAGUGGAUUGAACACACACCGGACAGACCGUUCCAUGACCAGCAGUACCGUGUUGACAGCACAAAACUCAAGCAGCUGGGCUGGGAGCCCAAGGUAUCAUGGGAAGAUGGGCUGGAAAGGACAAUUGCCUGGUAUUCUAAACACUUCCAUAACUGGACAACUGCAGAACAGGCACUACAACCCUUCAGCAAUGGGACGUCCAGAGAGAACAAUGCAAGCACAAGACAAUAACACAGAAAUGUAGAUGUAGAUAUACCCUAGCCUCGUGUGCAGACUUUCUAGCAGAUGGCUAGAGCAUUGCAGUUUCUUUUGGAAGGGAGAGCUAUAUAUUAGCCUAGAGUCCAGCCUUGUUAGCUUUGGUCCACUCCCAAGACCAGGGUAGCGGAUUUUGGGGUGGCCCAAAGCUAACAAAGCUCGAUUCCAGGCUAGCUGUAUAUUCACCAGUUUCCCAUCCCCAGAAUGCAAUGCAAAAACAG